AUGGAUUCUUCAAAGAGUCUCAUUUCCAAACCUCCAUGCCCAAGAUCAUCCAACACACCCUCGAGCAAGGCCCUCGUCCCAGUCCUCCGCCAUGCGUCCGAGCAUAAUCAGGUCCUUGACCUGCAAGAGGUCUUCACCAGGUACAUGAUCGACGCGACGUACUUGAUGGCCACCGGAUCCAACACGGCCUCGGUCAGGGUAGGGUUCCCACACUGCCCCCUCAUGCAGGCGGCCAUGGACAACAUGGCCGACGCCGUCUUCUGGCGAAACGCAUGGAAGCUGCAGAGCUUCCUCAACAUCGGGACCGAGAAGAACAUGGCGCGAGCCUGCACCGAUAUCAACCAAAUCGUCGAUAAUUUCCUCUCCACCGAGCACCGCCAAAUCGGAGACGAUCAUUUCGACGUGCUAAAUUUUUACCGAACUGGCGGCGACAACGAAACCCCCAAAAAGGAGUUCUUAGCUGCCAACAUCAUGACCCUCUUCUUCGCGGCUCGAGACACCUCGGCCGCGAUCCUCACCUGGUUCUUCUACUUAAUUAAUUCUUCAAACCCUAAAUCGAAGAAGGCGAUUUUGGAGGAAAUCGAUUGCUUUUACCCGUCGACUGACAUUUUUCCGAAUGCGGAGGAUUUGGGUAAAAUGGUGUAUCUCCAUUGCGCCCUAAGCGAGAGCUUGAGGCUGUGUACCCUCCUGCACCGGUGA